AUGUUACCACAAAUUUUAAUUAUAUCCAUCUCUUCAGUAUCUAUUUUAAUAAUUUAUAUGAUUAAGAAAAAAUAUAAAAAAACGUUAAACCAAUUUACCGAAGAUGGAAAAUUCUACCAUCAAUUAAUAUCUGUCGAUAUGAAAAACUUUAAUUGUAAACCGCAUUUAUUUGAGGACAAUUUAUGUAAUAAAUGGUGUUCUUUGUCUUAUAAGAAAACCCUUCAAAAAUUUAUUUCAAGUGCCAAUUUAAGCAUUUGUCUUUGUGUGUACAUGUUAACUUUACAAUCUCUAAACUAUGAAUUGUUAAUGGCUCAUAAGAGAGGAGUGAUUAUCCGAGUUAUUACUGACAAAGGAAUGAUCCAAACAAAACCUGUAAAAGCACAUUUAAAAAAAUUGAAGGAAAAUGGUAUUCCCUAUAAAAUGCAACUUUCCCAACAAAGUAUGAUGCAUCACAAAUUCUGUUUGAUUGAUAAGGAAAAUAAAGAGUUAGCAAAGAUGUUUUUUGGGAGUCUGAAUUUAACCAGUCAAGGUUUACAUUCAAAUUUUGAUAAUAUAAUUUUAACAAACAAUUUAAAUAUUAUAGAAAGAUUUAGUGAAGAAUUUGAAGAAUUAUGGAAUUUGUUUUAG